AUGCAACUAACAUCUUUUCCUUUUUCGUUCAGUUCUAGUACCCUUUGGGAAUUAGAAAUAGAUGACGAAAAAUUACCAUCAUGCAAAAAGGGAAUACUAGAUUUGAGGCAAUGCAAUGAUUUGACGACUGAGACCCCGGAACUCGUGGCCGCGAGAUAUGAAUCCUUACUCAGACUGUUAGAGAACAAAAUCAGACCGCGCCGAAUAAUCAUAUUAAGCCUGCGCUCCUCAAUGAAUUUUGAAAACAGAUGGGUCUUGAGAUCCGCUCUGAACUUCGCAAGUGAUGGAGAAAUAGUUAGAGAAGUAGGUAGAGAGUUCCAGAGAAAAGGACCAGAAAAAGCAAAAGCAGAUUUGGCAAAAGAGUGUUUAACACGAGUUAAGAAAAAGCGAGAAGAAGAAGACGAUCGUAAACCGGGGCGUUUAGAAGGAUUAAGUUUAAGACACAUAGAAUCAGACCAAGCGAUAAUCGAAGAAAGACAUAGAGAUAAAUUAUGA